UCCAGCCGUGGGUCGGGGACAGGUGACCAGGGGUGGGGGUGGACGGAAGAUGUCGGAGUCGCCGGAUACACAGAGCUUGGUGUCGUCCUCGUCCCAGCUCAACCUGACCGACACUGACGGGAUUGAUGACAAAGAGUUUGAUAUUCCUCAAGUCGAUACUCCACCUACCCUAGAAAGCAUUCUGAAUGAGGCAGAAGAUGAAGAUGAAUCGUUUAUAUUGGAGGACCCAACUCUUUUGAAUACAGAUAACAUUGAUGCACAUUCUGGUGAAACCUCUUCUCUUGCUAGUUCAGAUAGUGGCGACAGGACAAAUUUAAAACGAAGAAAAAAAGUUUCAGAUGUCAGCUCAUGCAUUCAUGGUUCAGUUGUUCGGCGAUCAGUUCUUAAAGGGGUGUCUGCACAAGUUGUAUCUGCAGCAGAUAGAGUUGAUGCAGGAUUACCCACUGCUGUUGUUGUGUCAAACCUCAUAGCAGUGGGCACAUCACAUGGAUUGGCACUUGUAUUUGAUCCAAACCAAGCUCUGCGGCUAUGUCUGGGGAGCACAGCAGUGGGUGCUCAAUAUGGAGCUGUAUCUGCACUCAGUAUCAACAGUGACUGCACUCGUCUCCUCUGUGGGUUUGCCAAGGGACAGAUCACCAUGUGGGACUUGGCAAAUGGGAAGUUGUUGAGAACAAUAACUGAUGCUCAUCCUCCAGGGACAGCCAUUCUGCACAUAAAGUUCACUGAUGACCCAACUGUAGCCAUUUGCAAUGAUAGUGGAGGCUCAGUGUUUGAACUCUCCUUCAAGAGAGUAAUGGGAGUGAGGACAUGCGAAUCCCGCUGUUUGUUUAGUGGAGCUAAAGGCGAAGUUUGCUGCAUUGAACCGUUACUUGUAAAGCCGGAACUGAGAGAUCACCCGAUAACACAAUAUGCACUACUGGCAAUGGCUUCUUUAACCAAGGUCUUGGUCAUUGGAUUGAAACCCUCAUUAAAAGUCUGGCUGACAUUUCCAUAUGGAAAAACGAACCCAGCAAGUGUUCCACUUUUAUCUUGGCAAUUUGUUGCAGUGCAGAGUGUCGUAAUGCCCAUGCUGGCCUUUUGUAGAGGAAAUGCCAUUCAUUUCCUUCUGGUGAAGAAAGACGAAUCUGGAGCUAUACAUGUUAGCAAGCAGAAACAACUACACUUACACUAUGAUCUCAUCAACUUAACAUGGAUCAAUUCUCGGACACUGGCUCUACUGGAUAGUGCUGAGAAACUGCAUAUGGUGGACCGGCAGAGCCAAAAUGAGCUGGAGAUCGUUGACAUUGCUGAAGUACAGUUGGUGUACAACAGCAGCCAUUUCAAAUCCCUGGCCACUGGUGGAAAUGUGAGUCAGGCUUUGGCUCUGGUUGGUGAAAAGGCAUGUUACCAGUCAGUCAGCGGUUAUGGAGGACAAAUUAUCUACCUGGGAACUAAGUCUGUGCAUGUGAUUACUCUGAGGACUUGGCGGGAGAGGUUGGAUUACCUGUUAAAGCAGGAGAGGUUCAUUGAGGCACUAUCUCUCGCCUGGUCAUUUCAUGAAGGAAAAGCCAAGGCAGUAGUGGGGUUGUUUGGAGAUCAGAGCAAGCGGAAGGGAGUUGUGGCUGAUCGGAUGGUAGAAAUUCUGCUUCAGUAUGCUGACCGAGCUCUGAAGAAAUGCCCUGAACAAGGCAAAAUACAGGUUAUGGAACAGCAUUUUCAGGAGAUGGUACCUGUCAUGGUUGAUUAUUGUCUUCUGCUAGAACGCAUAGACCUUCUAUUUGGCCAGAUCUACAAUAAAUUGAGUGAGAUCUCAGUGGCAAAAGGAGUGUUUCUUGAGUGCCUGGAACCCUACAUUUUAAAUGACAAGCUAACGAGCAUCACACCACAGGUAAUGAAGGAUCUGCUCAUCCACUUUCAGGACAGGGACAUGAUGGAGAACAUUGAAGCAUGCAUAGUACAUAUGGACAUCACUAGUCUGGACAUUCAACAGGUGGUCCAUAUGUGCUGGGAACACUCUCUGUAUGAUGCCAUGAUCUAUGUAUACAAUAGAGGAAUGAAUGACUACAUCACUCCUAUGGAGAAAUUGUUCCAGGUUAUUAGUCCUCCUCUUCGGGCUGGAAAAUCUCUCACAGAUGAGCAAGUGAUUAUGGGUAAUAAGUUGCUGGUGUACAUAAGCUGUUGCCUGGCUGGGCGAGCCUAUCCUCUAGGUAAUAUUUCAGAAGACCUUGUCUCAUUGGUAAAGAAUCAGGUCUUUGAGUUUCUGAUCCGUUUGCACUCAACUGAAGUAGCUUCUGAUGAAGAGUUAUAUCCUCAAAUCAGGACACUCCUUCACUUCGAUACCCGAGAGUUUCUUAAUGUUUUGGCGCUGACAUUUGAAGACUUCAGAAAUGACAAGCAAGCAGUGGAAUAUCAGCAGAGGAUUGUGGACAUCUUACUCAAGGUAAUGGUGGAGAAUUCAGACUUUACUCCAUCACAGGUUGGGUGUCUGUUUACCUUUCUGGCAAGGCAGCUGGCAAAACCAGACAACACUCUCUUUGUCAAUAGAAUGCUUUUUGACCAGGUUCUUGAGUUUCUGUGCAGUCCUGAUGAUGAAUCUCGACAUGCUGAAAGGCAACAGGUUCUUCUAGAGCUGCUUCAGGCUGGAGGAAUUGUCCAGUUUGAUGAGAGCAGACUGAUUGCCAUGGCAGAGAAAGCUGCAUUCUAUCAAGUCUGUGAAUUCAUGUACGAGAAGAAACAACUCUAUGAUAAGGUCAUCUGCUGUUACCUGAAUGACCCAAUUCGGCAGGAGGAGAUUUUCAAUUACGUCCACAAUAUGUUGUCCAUACCUGGCUAUAGCACUGAAGAAAAGGAAUCUGUGUGGAAUAAAACAAUGGAACACUUCAAGGAACUGGUGUCCAUUAAUCCUCCAAAAGCAGCUGAAUUGUUAGCUGUACAUUUCUCUACAGAGCUACGAUCAAUUGUGGACCAACUAGAGGAUGAACACCUGCUAUUUCAGUUAUUACAAAGUCUGUUGGAUUCUUCAGAUGGAGUGCAGGUGAAUCGAGAACUGCUGCAGUUGAAUCCUGACAUUCAUGAGCAGUACCUCAACUUGCUUUGCCAGUAUGAUCCACAGCGAGUAACUGAUUUUCUGAGGGUGUCUGAACAUUAUAGACUCGAAGAAGCUAUUCAGAUUACAAAGAAGCAUAAGCUCCAUGAAGCCUCAGCCUACUUACUGGAAAAGGAGGGCGACAUACAUGGUGCCUUUUUAGUCCUGCUUGAGAUUUUGAAGCACAAGCUGUCUUUGUUUACAGAUGGUGCAAGGGAGAAAAAUGAAGAUACGGUGCAGGCUGCAGAAUCCACAUUAGAGGAGACCAUUGCACUAUGUCAACGCAAUUCACACAGCCUGAACCAACAGCAGCGGGAGGCAUUAUGGUUUCCAUUACUGGAGGCUGUUAUGUCAACCCAGAAACAGUUAAAAGAUGGAUCAUCCAACCAAGCCUUAGAAUCUCUGAAGCACUUGACAAAACAAGUAUUGAACAGUAUGACAGGUUUCAUAGCUCUUCCAUCAGUUUUACAACGAAUUUUGCAGGAUCCAAUGUAUGGGAAAGGAAAACUUGGUGAGAUUCAAACCCUUAUACUGGGAAUGAUAGACACAUUCAAUUACGAGCUGACAUUGUUAGAAACCACAACGAACCUCCUGAAUCAUGACCUCCAUUGGUCACUCUGCAACCUUCGUGGAGCAGUUAGUAGGGGACUGAACCCCAAACAGGAGCACUGCAGUGUCUGCUUGCAGCAAUACAAGAGGAAACAAGAAGGCACAGAAGAAGUCAUUGUGUUCAGUUGUGGCCAUAUCUACCACUCACAUUGUCUCCAAAGUAAAGACUGUGGGGUUCAAAUCGAAGGACAGACAAGAUGGACUUGCUACAAAUGCAACUCUGGUAGUAAAGGAGGAAGGCGCCGAGAUUUGGGAUCAGAUGUCAACAGGAGCCGUAGCACUUCCUUGGCACAGAUUAAAGUAAUGUCAGCCUAUUACUCAGCCAACAAGGAUUCUGACAACAGAAAGCCAGCUGAGGCAACAUUGGAACCACAACAGCUCCAGGCCUUUGACCAGCUCCGACGUCUCUACAGAGGACCGUCGAGGCUUGCAAUUCUCACGGAACUCUCACGUAAUCGAAGCAGUGACAAGCAUGGUUUACUCCACCCUGGUUCAGUGGCAAAUAGCGUAUUCCAGAAUGAGAACUUCCAACUGCGUCUGUCACCACCUCCAGUCACAGAAGAUUAGUGUUACAGAUGCUAGUUGCAUAAUCGAAAUGGACUAAAAGUUCUUAAAACCUUUUGCAUUAAAAUUUAAUGCUCAGGCUAAAAAUAACAGUAGCCUGCAUAUCCUCUCAGAACUUGCAUAGAUAACACUGCUACUAUUAAUAAAGUAUGUUCUGUGCUGC